UUUUAGUGAGCUGCUGUUCAUCUAUGCAUUAGUGCUCCGCUUCUGUUUCGACAUCGAUAUUUUGAGUUGUGCUUAAAGAAAUCGAGAAAUACUAUAUUGUUGCUGGAAUUUUGUCAAUUUGGUUUCACUGUAUGUCAAACACAUGUUCUAUCUAGUUAUUGCUCAUCAAGAAUCUAAUCUGCUGUCAGAUCCUCAAUUAGCAGCAUCAUACGAGUAAUCUUUCCGUUUUGCUCCUUUAAUAGCAACUGAUCUGUUAAAAGUCGAUAGGGUAUUUGCUAUUAAUGAUUUCGGUGGAUUUCUUUUGAUGGAUGUAUUCGUUUUUCAGUAUAAGGUAAUUAUUUCAAUGUCGCUGUUUCUUGGCUAUUAAAUUGAAUUACAAUACCCCAAAAAAAAAAAUAAUAAUAAUAAUUCGGAGAAACAGUAGGCUGUUCUGUUGAUUUAUCCAUUCAGUUUCUUCAUCGGAGCUUUUAGGUAUUAAUUCCAUUAUCAUACCCAAGAAAUAUAUAAAUAUUUCUGCAUAAAAUCUAUGUUAUUGUGUUCUAUAAUUCAUUCAGUUGCUUCACUGCUCUCUUGGUAUUAAUUCAAUCACCAUAGCCGACAUAUAUGUAUAUACAUAUAAUCCGUGGAACAAUUUGGUAAUUCUGCCGCGUUAUUUAUUCAGUUGCUUCAUUGGUCCUACCUCUAUUUAUUGACAUGCAUAGUUUCUAUUCUAUAAUUUCUGGUCAGGUGAACUAGAUUUUCUGUCUCUCAAUCGGGUUCAGUGUUUCCGUAAUCAUAUCUUUUAUUUAUUACAUGGAUGAAGCUUCGUCUUAUCAUUGUGCUUAACUCUUUUAGGUUAAUCAUUGAAAAAUAGAGAUGGGAACAGAUGGUGGGGCAGACCAUACUUCUCCAUCUUUGGACCUACCACCACCAACUAUACCACCAAAUGUAAAGGUAGUACGAGAAGACCUGCCUAAUAGAUCUAUAAUUACACGUCCUGGAUUCGGGACUUCUGGCAAGCGCAUCUCUUUGCUCGCUAAUCAUUUCAAAGUUUCUAUCACAAAUCCAGACGAAACUUUUUACCAGUACAGCGUUGCUAUUAGUUUUGAGGAUAAUAAAGCGGUUGAGAGCAAGGUACUAGGGAGGAAAGUUAUCGAUAAACUUUACCAAACAUACUCUUCUGAACUUGCUGGGAAGAGAUUUGCUUAUGAUGGGGAUGCGAGUUUGUACACUGUGGGGCCCUUACCGCAGAACAACUUGGAAUAUACAGUGGUUCUUGAAGAAUCUAUUGCCAAGUGCAGUGGGAAUCCUUCUGAUAACGGAACCCAAAUCGAGUCUUACAAAAGAUCUAAGAGCUCUCUACACUCAAAAACUUUCAAGGUAGAGAUCAGUUAUGCUGCAAAAGUACCAUUGAAUUCCAUAUCUCAUGCCCUUCAAAAAGCUGAUCCAGAAAAGGCUCAAGAUGCUCUGAGGGUUUUAGACAUCGUACUAAGGCAAGAUGCAGCUAAAAGAGGGUGCCUUUUGGUUGGUCAAUCAUUCUUUCAUGAUGACUCGCGGACGUUCACUGAUGUUGGAGGGGGGGUGACAGGUGUGAGAGGUUUCCACUCCAGCUUUCGUCCAACUCUGAGUGGUUUGUCUCUGAAUAUGGAUGCAUCGACAACCUUGAUCUUGACGCCUGGACCAGUCGUGGACUUCCUGCUUGUUAAUCAGAAUGUGAAGGAAACUCGGUAUAUUGACUGGGCAAAGGCCAAAAAGAUGCUCAAGAAUAUGAGGGUUAAGGCGAGGCACAAUAAUAUGGAAUUCAAAAUUGCAGGUUUGAGUGAGAAACCUUGCAAUCAGCAGUUAUUUUCGAUAAAAGUUAAUAGUGGUGGUAGUCCCGGAGGUGAUGGAGAAACCGUGGAGAUUACUGUUUACGACUAUUUUGUUAAACACCGUAACAUAGAACUUAUAUCUUCAUCAUAUAUGCCAUGCAUUGAUGUUGGGAAACCGAAAAGACCGAUCUAUCUGCCUAUAGAGCUCUGUUCUCUAGUCUCUCUUCAGAGAUACACAAAAGCACUGUCGGUAACACAAAGAGCAUCCUUGGUUGAAAAAUCAAGGCAGAAGCCUCCUGAGAAAAUUCGAGUUGUAACCGAUGCUAUCAAAAACUCUCACUAUGAUGAGAAUCCUGUCCUUGUCGCUUGUGGUAUUUCAGUUGAAAAGCAUCUUAGUCAAUUAGAUGGACGGAUUCUUGAUGCACCAAAGUUAAAGGUUGGCAACAGUGAAGACUGUUUACCCCAAAAUGGCCGGUGGAACUUCAAUAACAAGAAACUUCUGAACCCCAGCCAGAUAGAUCAUUGGGCACUUGUCAAUUUCUCUGCACGUGCAGAUUGUAGCCAUCUUUCGAGGGAGCUAAUCAACUGUGGGAGGAACAAGGGCAUUCAUAUUGAACGCCCAUAUGCAAUAUUCGAGGAAGAUCCACAAUAUAGAAAAGCUAGCCCUGUGACACGUGUAGAAAAGAUGGUUGAACAUAUUACGGCUACACUACCUGGUCCUCCUGAGUUUUUGCUUUGUGUUUUGCCCGAACGAAAAAAUUGUGAUCUUUAUGGACCUUGGAAGAGAAAAUGUCUAUGUAACUUGGGUAUCGUCACCCAAUGCGUCUCUCCUAUCAAAAUCAACGACCAGUACCUGACAAAUGUACUUCUCAAAAUGAAUUCUAAGUUAGGGGGGAUCAACUCAUUGUUGGCAAUAGAGAAUUCCCGUCGAAUUCCACUCAUUACGGAUAAGCCGACCAUGAUCUUGGGAAUGGAUGUAUCGCAUGGUUCUCCUGGUCGAUCUGAUAUCCCUUCAAUUGCUGCGGUUGUUGGAUCUCGGAGUUGGCCAUUGAUAUCAAGGUAUAGAGCAGCUGUACGAACCCAAUCUUCAAGGGUGGAGAUGAUUGAAAGUUUGUUCAAGCCUCUAGCAAAUGGGGAGGAUGACGGCAUUAUGAGGGAACUGCUUAAGGAUUUCUACGAAACCAGUAAUGGACGCAAACCAACUCAGAUUAUUAUUUUCAGGGAUGGUGUGAGUGAAUCCCAGUUUACACAAGUCAUCGACAUUGAACUCAAUCAAAUUAUCAAGGCUUAUCAGCAUCUAGGCGAGACCGAGAUUCCGAAAUUCACAGUGAUAGUGGCCCAGAAGAAUCACCAUACGAGACUUUUCCAAGCUACAGCUGCUGAGAAUGUUCCACCCGGUACUGUUGUGGACACAAACAUUGUUCAUCCUACAAAUUACGAUUUCUAUAUGUGCUCUCAGGCAGGGAAAAUAGGAACUUCUCGACCUGCACAUUAUCAUGUAUUGCUCGACGAGAUUGGUUUCUCCCCAGACGAUAUGCAGAAUCUCAUCCAUUCCCUAUCAUAUGUAUAUCAGAGGAGCACUACUGCCAUCUCCAUUGUUGCACCGGUAUGUUAUGCUCAUCUUGCAGCCCAACAAAUGAGUCAGUUUAUAAAAUUUGAAGACUCGUCCGAACAAAAAAACACGACAACAGGAGGAAGCAUACCUUUUCCAGAGCUGCCCAGGCUCCACAAAAACGUUGCUGGAUCGAUGUUCUUUUGUUGAAGUCGCCGAUAAAUUUUAGGCUGUCGACAAAUUAGAAAACUGUGAAUAGAGCAAUUUAGUUCUUUUGUCUAUAAUCGUACCGAUGAUUUAGGUAAGUAUUUGCUAGUGAAGAUGGCUGAAGCUGUUUCCGAGUGGUGCUUCGUUUUUCGUUUGAAAUGUUUUGAUGCAUCAGCCUUUCGCCUCUUCCCUCUACUUUGUCUAGCGAAAUUCAUGUAUUAGCUACAACUUACAUGCAUUCAUCAUUAGUAAAGCAGUCUUUUGUGGUUACAAUUUCAUUCUUGGUUUUUUUCUUUUAAUUUUCGAUUCGGUAUUUGGCAUGUGCCCGAAUUUUCGGUUCGGUUCAGUUCGGUCGGUUUACCGGCCAAGUGAACAGCCCUUCAGGGCUCAGGCUACAGUAUAUAACAAAGAAUAUCGUAGUAGUGCAUUCGCCUUA